UUUUUGCUUAAUUAUAAAAGAAAAUAGCAAGAUGCCCCCUAUAAAAGUAGCUAGAAAGCAAGAGCAAAGACACUACAAUCUAUCUACCAUCUCCUAAAUAGGCAUAUAUCUCCAUUUCUCCGCCGCAUCAUAUACCCCUUAAUUUAAAGCCUGCCAAUAAUGGAGGAGAAGAAAUGUGAAGAUAGCAUGUCACUGAAAGAGGAGAAGAAGAGUGAAGAUGACCAAUUUCAUGAGUUGUACGUGAAGUUACCCAAAAAACGUCUCAAAAGCCGGCUGUUUGCUCAAUACAGAGGCUUUUGGUUUGAGGAACAGGUUCUGCGCGGAAUACUGGCAUUCCGACAACACUUUGAAGCCCAAGACUCCGACAUCGUUGUAGCCACCAUGCCUAAAGCAGGUACCACGUGGCUUAAAGCCCUUACUUUUGCCAUUGCUAAUCGGCACAAAUUCCCGAUCUCUGAGAGCCCUUUGCUCUCCAAAAACCCUCAUCAACUUGUUUUGUUUCUUGAACUCAAUCUGUACGAAAAGGGAAAAAUCCCCGAUCCAAACUCCCUCAACGUUGCUGGUGGCCAACGGCGAAUUUUCGGGACCCAUUUAGCUUACCAGUGCCUUCCAGACACCGUCCUGGAUACUUCUGAUUGUCGAAUUCUCUAUCUCUGUAGGAACCCUUUGGACGUGUUUACCUCUUAUGUCCAUUUCUUUUAUCAAAACGGUGCUUUCCCAGAUUUGGCUGAAAAGAGUUGGGAGGAAAAUUUCGACGCAUUUUGUGAGGGCACAAAUCAAUAUGGUCCUUUCUGGGACCACAUCAAGGGUUACAAGGAGGCAAGCUUGAAAAACCCUAACAAAGUGUUGUUCUUGCAUUAUGAGGAGCUUAAAAAGGAUACCAAAUCUUGUGUCAAGAAAAUGGCCGAGUUCUUGGGAUGCCCGUUUUCACCGCAAGAAGAAGAUGAAAGGGUUGUUGAAGGAAUCAUAAAGCUUUGCAGCCUCGAAAACCUCAAGAACUUGGAAUGUAAUAAACAUGGUGAGAUUGGAAUGUACAAUGUUAAGUUCAGUUCACUGUUCAGGAAAGGAGAGGUCGGAGAUUGGGCGAAUUUUCUCACUCCUUCAAUGGCUGAACGCCUUGAAAGCUUGAUGAAAGAAAAGUUUGGCGAAUCAGGUUUCAAUCUAAAUAUUGAUCCAUGAGUGAAUAUUGGAAAUCUUUGAUCAAGGAUAUUCAGCUUUGAACGAAGGCACUUUUUUCUCUAUAUAGAUCUAUGUUAUGAAUAGAGUGAUGAUGCCUCCCCUAGCUAGUAAAUCUAAGUUUACUGUGUCGGGGGUUCAGUAUUCAGCAACAAAUUUCUGCUCUUGUGUUUUCUGCUUUUGUACUGUGUGAGAGUUUGUUUGAUUUGCUAUUUGCAUUUUGAUGAAUUUUCAUUCAUGUUGUAUUGGGAAAAUUCGAGUCUUUAGGCUCCUCAUGAUAUGGGUUAUAGCAAUACAACUACAAUUUUUAACAUGGAAAUCAUCCUCGUAUCUACUCAUAGGAAAGUUUGGAGCUAGUGGAUUUAAUUUGUUGAGGAAGAUGCAAAUGUCGAACUAAAAAUGAACUUUUUAAAACAUUUUCAAACGAUGUAUUGGUCACAUACGAAGGAUCUGUUAUAUAGAUGUAGAAAAAAGAAAUUAUUAAUUGCCAUUCAAUAAAUUUUAAAUUGUCAAUUAUUAGGAGUACCCCUAAAUAUUUAAUCAUCUGUUCUAUCACAUCUUCAUGUUAAAUUCCAUAUCCAACUUUCAUGCGUUAUAUCUCAAUCAAUGUCAAUAUGCUCUUGGGGAGAUUUUAGAUGGCAGUUUUGAAACAUGUAUAGAG